CUCUGCUGUCUUUCGGCCGCCGAAGCGCGGGGCCGUUGGCGGCGAGGUUAGCCAGGGUUGGGUCUUGGCCAGGAAGAGUCGGAUGGCCAACUGUAAAUGGUCUAGAAUCAAGUCCACGCACAAAAGAAAACCCCCCUUUGAUCGGCAGCUGCCCUACGCAACACACGGCACUCAGUUUUCAAUUGUAUUGGACGCCUCCGCACGCUUCGGCGGGUGGAGACCGAGAGGAAGGGCCGUCCUUCGGAUUCUUGGCGGGGUGCUGGGGGCAGCCUCAUGGAGACGUCUCUACGGCCAGCGGAGGCAGCACCCCUCCUGGGUCCCCCAGUGUCUUGGUCCCGGUGCCGGGACAGGUCCUGGUGUAGGGGACAGGGCAGGGUAUGAAACGGCAGGGGCUGGAGAGGGCAGGGCAGGUGCAGGCAGGUCCGAGGCCGGGGGCCAGGCUUUGGAGCGUGUGUGCUCGCGAGUGAGCGCUCAGGCCUGGAGUGCGGGGGACUCAGUGUCGGCCUCCUGCUGGUUUCAGAGACCAAAUCUCAGUUUUGCAGGAACUGGAUACAUUUCAACCCGCAGACUGCACUAUAUAGUUUGCGAACUCGCACAUGGAAACUAAAGAAGAAUUCGUUAAAGUCAGAAAGAAGGACCUGGAACGGCUGACAACUGAAGUGAUGCAAAUACGAGACUUCUUACCCAGGAUACUAAAUGGGGAAGUACUGGGAAGCUUCCAGAAAUUAAAGAUUAUAGAAAACAACCUGGAAAGGAAAGAGCACGAAUUAGAGCAACUGAGAAUGGAUUGUGAGCACUUUAAAGCCCGCCUGGAGGCUGUGCAAGCCGACAGCUUGAGAGAGAAGAAGGAGAAGCUGGCUCUCCGACAGCAGCUGCAGGAGGCGAGGCAGCAGCUGCAGCAGCAGGCGGAGUACUGCACGGAGAUGGGGGCGGCGGCCUGCACCCUGCUCUGGGGCGUCUCUAGCCGCGAGGAGGUCGUCACAGCCAUCCUGGGUGGAGAUAAAGCUUUGAAGUUUUUCAGCAUUACUGGCCAAACGAUGGAGAGCUUCGUGAAGUCACUGGACGGGGAUGUCAGGGAGCCCGAUUCCGAUGAAAACCAGUUUGUGUUUGCCUUGGCCGGAAUCGUAACAAAUGUCGCUGCCAUAGCCUGUGGCCGUGAGUUCUUGGUUAACUCAAGCCGGGUGCUUUUGGACACCAUGCUGCAGCUGCUGGGGGACCUGAAGCCUGGACAGUGCACCAAGCUCAAAGUGUUACUGCUGAUGGCCCUGUACAACGUGAGCAUCAACCUGAAGGGCCUGCGGUACAUCAGCGAGAGCCCGGGCUUCAUCCCUCUGCUGUGGUGGCUUCUGAGUGAUCCGGACGCGGAGGUGCGUCUCCACGUGCUGCGCCUCGUCCAGUCGGUGGUCCUGGAGCCGGAAGUCGUGGCCAGGUCGGGCCCCGAGCUGCGGAGCUCGCUGCCCCUGCAGCGCAUCCGGGCCCUGUCGGAGAGCCGCAACCCCCGGCUGCAGGCCGCGGCCCGUGAGCUCCUGGAAGACCUCCACGCCCUGGGGCACGACGCGUAGGGGCGCGCGCCGGGUCCCUGCCCCUGCCCCAGGCCCCCACUCUGUGCUGAAACGCCCCGCGCCACGAGCCGCAGAUGGCCUGCCGCGCUUGACUAGAGACGAGCAUGAACUGACAGGUGUCCGCGUAGCCUCCUCCAGGGCGGGCUGGCGGUGACCUCGCCGCGAUCUGGGGAGAGAGCCCGCCCUCCCGGUGAGGCGCGUCAGCUGGGCCGGAGGAAGCGGGCCUGGAAGAGCCACUCCUGCGUCCAAGGGUUCCCCUGGGGUUCCCCCGGAGUGGGAGACAACGCGACCCACCUCCAUCGUCCGUUCUCCUGACACGCAUCUCUGAGAAUUCAUGCUCUCUCUAGUAAUUAUAAUGAACCCCCCCAAACGCAAGUUCGCCCUCAAACCUUUGGCGAGCUGCUGUUUCAGGUGACUUCGGACUUUUAGUUCUGUAACUGUGUGCCUCCUUUAUUUUUGAAUAAAGUCAUAGA